AUGCGCGAGGGCCUCGGCCACCCCAUGCCCGCGGGCCCCGCUCGGGCAUGCAGGGGGGGCGAUGGGGCGAGCAUCGCGGCACCUCUCCAGGCCGCCUUCGGCAGCUCCAUGUGCGAGGGCAUCGGCCAGCCCACCGCGGUGGGCCUCGCUCGGGCUUACAGGGAGGGCGUCGGGGCGAGCGACGCAGCACCUCACCAGGCCGCCAGGGGGAGGGUCUUGUGCGAGGGCAGCGGCCACCCCACCGCUGUGGGCCUCGCUCGGACUUACAGGGAGGGCGUCGGGGCGAGCGACGCGGCACCCCACCAUGCCGCCAAGAGGAGGUACGUGUGCGAGGGCAUCGGCCACCCCUCCGCAGAGGGCCUCGCUCGGUCUUACAGGGAGGGCGACGGGGCGAGCGUCGCAGCACCUCACCUGGCCGCCAGGGGCAAGUACAUGUGCGAGGGCAUCGGCCACCCCACCGCGGUGGGCCUCGCUCGGGCUUACAGGGAGGGCGACGGGGCGAGCGUCGCAUCGCCUCACCAGGCCGCCUUCAGCUCCCUCAUGUGUGAGGGCAUCGGCCACCCCACCGCGGUGGGCCCCACAGGCAGCUGGCUGCACGGUCAGGGUCGACCUGGCCUCGGGCAGCGCUUCCACUCCUGGGCGCACCGCGCGCCCACGCCCUGGUGCAGGGCCCACCUGGCCCAAGCCCGUGUCGGAGCCGUCCUGGUGCAGGGUGAGCUUCGCAACCGUCUUCGUCACGUAAUCGUGCACACCGAGGAUGUGCUGGGCCCACCUGGCCGCAACAUUCCACGCGCUUACUUCUGGCCCAUGUCGUGCGCGUCUCCGAGGAGGUCGCCACUCCAGCUGACGGGUGCGCUGCUGCACGGGGCCUUCGCGCCCCACAUAGCAUUGCUUGCGCGUGCCGACAAUGUCGCGUCUGCCAGCCAGCUCUUCCUCCACGCCUCGGAGGACCAGGUCCCAUGCCACUGCCGGCUGAGGAAGAGACUGCGCUUUAUCAAUGGAGAGAUACACUUCUUCCCAGCCAUGCCAGGGAUACCGCGCGCAUCCCACGGGCAGCUGCCGAGGGAACGGCCGCGGCUCAUCUAG